AUGCCAUUCUGCACUGGAACUUCACGUCGCUGUACGACUGGCUUGUACCUAAGACUCAAAACUAUUCCUAAAACAUCGACAUUUAGAGACUCUGAUAUUCCUCGUAUUGUCCUUAUGUGGAACGCUCUACCCGAUGAUGUCAAGUCUUGCACUUCUUUACCAUCGUUCAAAUGUAGACUAAAGAACUUCUUCUUCAAUAAACUUCGUGUACUAUUUGACCAGGACAAUAUUAGAAG